CUCGUGCAGUUCUUCGGGGGAGCGCGGGUUGACGAGAGAAAUUUAGUAUCUGCGGAUGUCUUCUUCGCUCCGUCUGUCUGCUAUUACUCGUCGGCGGAAGCGGCGUUUCCCGCAAUCGCCGUCCGACACGCCGUCGAACGAUAUUCACUCGACGCCAUUUCUGCAGGCGAUGCUUGCUGAUCGCACAAAGCCGUCGUGUGCGUGUCUAGCCGCCGCUUGAGGAAACAGUAGACGUGCGCCGGAGGUCAGCUCCGGAGACGCGGGGUCCGCGGAGUUUGUCGCGGGCGGCGCACACUCUCUCCAGACAACACAAUUAGUCGUCUGGGCGGCUUCUGAUUGGUUGGCUGGAUCGGCCGGCCGACCGCCCGCAUUGUGUCUCGUGUAUUGCGACGGUUCGGCGCCACUUCAAAGACAUUUCUGAUGUCUGGCGAUAAAGAAUGUAAUAUCGCGGAGAGGGGACGCCCCCUAGUAAUUAGUUGGCUGGUGCGCCAGUAAAUUUCACAUUCGCUCAAUUAGAGAGAGGUUGUGCGGUGUCCAGGCAACGAAACAAAAUCAACGUGGACAAAGAAAGGAGAAGGCUACGGAAGGAUUGUGUACGAGAUGUCAACUACAGAUGUGGAAGAACACGUUCUAAGAAACUACGAAAUUCGUCGGCGUAUCGGCAAAGGAGCCUAUGGGAUAGUGUGGAAGAGUGUGGAUCGGAGGACUGGAGAGAUAGUAGCGCUAAAGAAGAUCUUUGAUGCCUUCUCGAACGCCACAGACGCUCAGAGGACUUACAGGGAGGUCAUGUUCUUCAGGUGAGAAUUUUCAAAGGUGGAUCUGGAGAUUGUGGGUUGUUGUUGGUCGGGAUGACUUGUUGUGGUUUGUUCAUGUCUACAGGCAUUCUCGUCCCACGAGAAUGUGGUACAGCUCCUGAAUGUCGUGAGGGCAGCCAACGACGUGGACUUGUAUCUGGUGUUUGAGUUCAUGGAUACAGAUCUGCACGCGGUCGUCAAGAACAGACUCCUCCAGCCUAUCCACCACCAGUACAUCAUGUAUCAGCUGUUGAAAGUGAUGAAGUUCAUUCACUCAGGACACUGUAUCCAUAGAGACCUCAAGCCUAGUAACAUCCUAAUCAACCCUCACUGCCACAUAAAGCUGGCAGAUUUCGGCCUGGCUCGCUCCCUCUCUCUUCUCCCUCCCUCCUCCUCCAACCAGCCUGACGUCAGCCUGCCAGCCAUGACUGACUACGUGGCCACUCGCUGGUACAGAGCCCCAGAGAUACUGCUGGGAGGACAGCUCUAUACCACUGGUGUUGACAUGUGGUCCACUGGCUGCAUUCUAGGAGAGAUGAUUGCAGGGAGACCUCUGUUCCCGGGUUCAUCGACGAUGAACCAGAUAGAGAGGAUAAUGGCAGUUCUCCCGCAGCCGUCGAGACAAGAGAUAGAGGCAGUUGGAGCUCCUUAUGCCAUGGCCAUACUGGGACAACUGCCUCGCAGACGGAACUACAGACUGUCUCAACUCCUGCCAACUGCUUCAGACGAGGCGCUGGAUCUACUGACAAAACUACUCCAAUUCACAGCUGACAGAAGACUCUCUGCACACUCUGCCGUCCACCAUCCCUUCGUCAAGAGAUUCCAUGAUGCUCGCAGUGAGCCAGUUCUGGACUGUGACGUGGUCCUCCAUCUUGACGACAACACUCAGCUGGCGGCUGACCGCUACAGAGACCGUCUCUACACUGCCAUCGCUGGGAAGAGAUCGCGGAUGAGGAGAAGACGAGAGAAGAGAAAGGAGAGGGAGGGACCUGAUGAAGCCACACCCCGUCCCACUGAGGCCACGUCCAGCUCUGAACGGGCCAAAAGUGCAGAUGGUGAUGUCACUCCCAAAGCUACCACAUCCAAGGUCUUUGCAUCUCCAGUGAUAGCUAAGCCAUGGCCCUUCUCAAGCUCCUCCUACCAGAAACCCCGCCCACCAGCUAUUCUCCAUCACUCGUGUGUACAGACUCCAGACCUCACUCUUACCAGUGCUCGUAUUAUCCCAUCCUCCAGGCCAGACAGCAGCAGAGGAGGAACGAGAGGUGUGGCUCGUGGAGCACCCUCCAGGGUUGCCAUGGGAACCUACACUCAGACACACGGAAUCAUAUCAAAGUCGAACCUCAAACGACUCCUGGCAGGGGGCGGAGCUUAUCACCAUAGGAACUAAAAACAUAUUCAUUAGUCACUCCUUGAUGAUUUCUAUGAUCAUGAUGAACAGUAGUAUAAUGCGAUUACAAAGCAUAGGUCCUUCUCAGUUUAGUGGUUAAUAUUAAUGAUGAUGUAAUGGUGAUGUCAUAGUUUCAUCAGCAUAGCCUGUAGUGCUUGCCUGACCUUUGUUACCUGUGUUUCGUUAGCUUUCCUGACGGAUCUCUGCUGAAUGAGCUGGAUAUCUCUCUUGAGACCCUGCUGAGCCACGCCCCUCCCCUGGCUCUGUCUCUGUUCCAUGUCAGAGAGACUGGCUGGAAUCGGGCCAUCAGACCUCGCAGAUCCUCCAUCCUUCUCUCAGUGGUGGAGAUGCCAGUGGCCAUGAGACUGAGAGUCUGUCCAGAGACAGUAGACCCUGCUCACUGCGGCCCCCACACACCACUCACAGUCUUCUCCACUGACGUCAGACACUUCACCACACCCUCGUGUGGUUG